GUGGCUUGAAACGUGUAAAAUACGAGAAGAUUGCUAAUUCCGAGCACUGCAUUUAGCGUUCAGGUAGUCGAAUCGCACCUGCAGCUCACCAGGUGGUCACCACUGCCGUCAACAGUCGAUAACGCAGGAAAUACAGGGAAAUCGAGUUUAAUCGGAGUUGCCCUGUCUAGCGCAUUCGAGCAACACAACACCGAAUCACAACAUUAGAGUAGACCUCAUUGAGUCGAAAGUCUGGCUUGAACCCCCCGCAAAACCAAAACCCCGGCCCACAACCGUCGAGGCGAGCGUGUGUGUGUGUUUUUGGUGCUGUGCCAUUGCCAUUCCCAGUUUCCAAUUCCCAUUGCAAUCCCAAGAAACGACCGCGUGUGUUCUGUGUGAGUGCGGAGCAGCAAGAAGAAGCAGCCGUUUGAAGGAGGGCGAAAGUGUGUCGCGUGAAAAAAGCGAGAGAUUUUCAUCGGGAAAACAGAGGACAGAGGAUAACGACAUACUGCAACUAUGGCCGCCCAGGAAAACACGGAGAUCAGCACAAAGUUCUCCACGCUGAAUGUAAACGCCGUGGAAUUCGUGCCCAGUUUCAGUUACAACAACGUCGUGGCCGCGGCAGAGGAGGCGGUGGCAAUUGUGGCAGCGGAGGAGGCGGCAGCGGCGGCGGCGGACCCGGGUCCCGCCUCCGGAUCAGCCACGCCAGCCACCACACCCGACUCCGUCGGCAGCGGGGGAUCCACAGCGGGGGCAGCUCCCCCUCCCCCAUCUGCGGCACAGGCGGCGACUGCGGCGGGAGCACCACCACCCACAUCGUCCUCCAACUCCGCAUCGCCAGCACCGGGUUCUCCAGCCACCACGCCUUCUGGAGCAGCGGCGGCGGCUCCAACGCCCAUCGAAGGUCUCAACCCCUCGGACAAAGUCGCAAACAAUGAAACCGAUCCCGCUGACAGCUGGGAUGUGGACGAUGCAGUGAUCACGCCUGAGGACGAGGAGGUGGAGGAUGCCGAGUUCACGGAGGGCGAGGCCACGCCCAAGGUGUCCAAGAAGAAGGUGGUCAAGGUGGAGGAAAACAGAAGCAAGCGCGAGCACGUGAAUGUUGUGUUCAUCGGCCACGUUGAUGCUGGCAAAUCAACGAUUGGCGGACAGAUCAUGUCCCUCACAGGCAUGGUGGACAAGCGGACGCUGGAGAAGUACGAACGGGAGGCGCGCGAGAAGUCGCGCGAGAGUUGGUAUUUGUCAUGGGCGCUGGACACCAACCAGGAGGAGCGCGACAAGGGCAAGACUGUGGAGGUGGGACGAGCCUUUUUCGAGACAGACCGCAAGCACUUCACCAUCCUGGACGCGCCCGGUCACAAGAGUUUCGUGCCGAACAUGAUCGGUGGAGCGGCGCAGGCCGAUCUCGCAGUGCUGGUCAUCUCGGCGCGAAAGGGUGAAUUCGAGACGGGCUUCGACCGUGGUGGUCAGACCCGAGAGCACGCCAUGUUGGCCAAGACCGCCGGCGUCAAGCAUCUGGUCGUUCUGGUCAACAAAAUGGAUGACCCCACCGUCAGUUGGGAUCAGUCGCGCUACAACGAAUGCAAAGACAAGAUACUACCAUACCUCAAGAAGCUGGGCUUCAACCCGGCCAAGGACCUUACCUUUAUGCCUUGCUCGGGCCUCAGCGGCUACGGCCUGAAGGACCAAGUCCCGGAGACGCUGUGCUCCUGGUACCGGGGGCCCGCCUUCAUUCCGUUCAUCGACGAGCUGCCCUCACUGAACCGCAAGUCUGACGGGCCCUUUAUCAUGCCAAUCGUGGACAAGUACAAGGACAUGGGCACCGUGGUGAUGGGCAAGGUUGAGUCCGGAAUGGCGCGCAAGGGCCAGAACCUGUUGGUGAUGCCAAAUAGGACGCAAGUCGCUGUGGACCAGUUGUUCUCCGACGACUUCGAAGUCACAUCUGUUGGCCCCGGCGAGAACGUCAAGAUCAAGCUGAAAGGAAUUGAAGAGGAGGAUGUCUCGCCAGGUUUUGUGCUCUGCGACGCGGCUAAUCCCAUCAAGACGGGAAAAAUCUUUGAUGCUCAGGUCGUAAUCUUAGAACACAAAUCAAUUAUCUGUGCGGGUUACUCGGCUGUUAUGCACAUACACUGCGCUGCCGAAGAGGUUACAGUUAAGGCCCUCAUCUGUUUGGUCGACAAAAAGACUGGCGACAAAUCAAAAACACGUCCACGGUUCGUUAAGCAGGAUCAGGUUGCAAUUAUGCGAAUUGAGUGCUCCGGAAUGAUUUGCCUUGAACAGUUUAAGCUAUUCCCUCAAAUGGGCCGAUUCACGCUCAGAGAUGAAAACAAAACCAUUGCCAUUGGCAAGGUGCUGAAGGUGGUCGAAUAAAUUGAGCCAAGCUAAAUUCGAGCGCCCGCCUUUCACUGCGAUUUUUGAGAUAGCAUUGCACGCCCGACGAGAGAAAACAGCCACAACAACAGCAACGCCACGCCACGCUUUCUUCACAUUUGACAAAUCCACAAAAACAGUACACACCCACGCUCGAGCUCUGACUCACAUAUGGUUACUUUACUUUCUACCAGCAAUAGCAAUUGAUUAUACAUUGAUUAGAGGGGUUGAAGGGGAAUCGAAUCGGAACGGAUCGGCAAUGUAGAGUGCACUAUAAGAACGGGCAAGCAAAAAGUUAUUUUACAAGCCGGACGCACGGUUGGAGAGUUCAGAGAUAGAAACAGAAUUGCAUUAUAUACGAAAUAUAAACUAUAUUAUGUAUAACUAAGCCGCAAAAUCGGAGGCAGCGAACGCGAAACAAGAUGAACUAUUUAUAUAUAUAUACACACAAACCACUCACGUAUAUAUAAAAUAAUGUAUGCGAAAGCGAGUUGGAGAGGAGCCGCGAUGAUAACUGAUAAGGCAUUAAUUAAUAGUUUCUUGGAAUGAUUUCGUUUGUUGAGGCCCUGUCUCAAGGAUACAGAGCAUUAGUCGCCGUCGUCGUUUUAUUGGUUCACCACUUUUGUAUAAACUGUAAGCAUUACAUAGCGUACACGUACAUGCCUAAAACGCGCGCAAGACGUGAAAUUUUUUAAAACAAACUAAAGCUGCAAGCUACCCCAUUUUUGUAUUUGUACAAGCGAUAGCAAGUUCCCAACCCUCCUUCCCCAUUUAGCUUCCUGUAUGCGCCUUCAAAUUGCAAAUUUGUUAAACCCCUACAAAAUACUAUACGAUAUGUUUGCUCUUCUUUUUUACAUGAUAUAAUCUAAAUGCUUUAAUUUAAGUUUAAGCUUAAAGAACUUGGAGUAAAGUUGGUUUGAUUUGUAAGCUCAAAAUGAAAAGUCUUUGGAGUAUUGAAAACACGACGAAAAAGCAUAACAGUGAAACACACAAUAUCACUUACGGAAACAUCUAAUUGUUAACUUUAAUUUUAGCCCUCUGAUAAAACCAUUUUAUUUUGCUGAUUCAAAAAAUAUUUGAUUUUUAUAAUUUAGUUAAUUGAAGAAUUCGUGAGAGUUGAACACGAAACCCACUUAUGAAAGAAUAAAAUGCCUUUUGCUACUAAGCAGAAACAAAAACAAAAAA